AUGGCGAGCUCUCGCUACAACCGUGCCUCGGCAUGGGUCACGGGUGCGACGCUCGCUGCGUCGAUGCUCGUGGCUCCCGUCCAGGCCGGUCCGCCGGCCGACAUCGUCACUGUUGAAGAAGUAGUCACCAAGUAUGUCGAUGUGAACGAGUGCCUUAAGAAGUGCCCCGCCAAGACAACUACCGUUGAGGUCAAGCUUCCUCCAGUCACCAUCACUCUCCCCGCAUGUGAGACGCCGGGCAAGAAGCCACCACCCAAGACCGAGACUCGCCCACCAUCAUGCGAUUAUUGCCCUCCUACCGUGGUCUGCUAUGAGCCGACUGAUGUUCCCUAUGUGACUAAGACCACCGUCAAGGAGCACAUCAAGUACCCCACCGUGGAGACACAGCAUCCAUCCAAGGGUUGUAAGAAGGACUGUGAGGGAACAGUAGUCAUUUGUGAGCCUCCUCACCCAACGGAGCCUCCCAUCCCACAUGGCGGCCGCAAGGGCGACUACUGGGGCGACAUCAAGGAUUUUGGUGAUUUCGGAGAUUCCGACGUCCACGUCCUCCACGGUGCCCAGCCCGGUGGCCCCAACAUUCACCUCCCUCCGUACAAGCAUGGAGAGAAGCCUGUUGUUGUGUGCGGACCUCCUGGCUUCGAGGACAAGUUCCCCGUCGUCACUGUUCCAGGUAAGGCUCCUGGCAUCACCAAGACCAUUGUGCCAACUGGCCCUGGAGGACACCCAAUCCCCUACGCCACCCCUGUUGUCCUUGUUGACAAACACCGAGGACCUGAGGUUCCCACUGUUACCGCUCCUUGCGGUGUUGAUGGUCCUGCUGUGACCCUUCCACCAUGGAGAGACGAAAGCGGCCACGACGAGCGUAGCUCCGUUGUUAUCUACAUCAUCAAGGGAAAGGAGGACAAGGAUAAGGAUGAUGACAGCGCCGAUGAGGGUGGCAAGCCUGCCCCCGCAAUGCUUGGUGGCAUCCAUGUUGGCAGUGGGGGCCCCCGUGCCGGUCCUGGUGUCGCCCCAAGCCCCCGACCAAGCCCUGGUCCUACUGGAGGCCCCUCUCGUGUUGGUCUCGACGGUGCUGGUACCAACGUGGCCCCGGUUCUGGUCCCAGCGGUCCUGGUCCAAUUGGUCCUGGUGCCGACUGGCCGCGGUGUUGUUGGCCCCGGUAUCGCCCCUUCCAUCCCGACUGGCCGUCCUCCAACUCCAGGAACAGGCCCUGGAAACACAGGAACGAACCCUACCGUUGAUCCUGAUGAGGGUACGGACGGUCCCGAUAGUGGCGCGAAUGGCACCAACCCUGGUGUCGAUGUCGGCCCCGAUGGUCCUGAUGAGGGCACCCUCACAGCUUCUGCGGACAAGUGUGCCAAUGCAGAUGCUGAUCAGGGCCUCCAGCAAGGUCUGUACGCCAUAGAUCAGACCAACCAGGCUCUGAGUGAGAUGGACCCCAGCCAGAUUGGAGCUGCUCAGCCUGUGGCUGCCUCCGUUGGCUUGGACUUGCUCACGCUUCCCAACCCGGCCGAUGAACCUUUGGCCUACCACCUGAGGGGUUUCAUCUACGUCUGCGAAGAUGGCGACAUCACCAUCUCCACUCCUGGUACCGAGGGUAGUGUCUUUAUCUGGACUGGUGAUAAUGCUGUGUCGGACUUCAAUGGUGCUAAUGCUAACAUUGUUUCUGUCAACUCUGCCUCUGGCCUGAGUAAGCGUGCUGGUCCCGCUACAACUACUGUGGUGAAGGGUAUCGGCGGUACAUAUCUGCCUAUUCGUAUUAUCUGCCUCCUCGAGGGCGGUGCCAACUGCUUGUUCCGCAUGGAGGGCACUGGCAGCACAGCACUCUACGAUGGCGGUUCUGGCGCCUUCCCCAACAGCCUCUUCACUCUGGUUCCUACCGCCCCGGAUAGCAAUAUUACCUUCCCCGACUUUGGUAGUGAGAACACAGCCCCCACGAAUACCGGUACUGGUUCCAGCAACCCGUUCACUUCUCCUGGGCUUCCCGGUGUGCCUGGCGUCAAUGGCCUCUCUGGAGGUUCGACCCCUGGAAAUUUCACCUGGAGCAUCGCCUUCGGAAACUCCAGUCUGAACUUUGGCCUUGGCACCGAGAAGCUUCCUAGCGGCCUCACCGAUGUCAGCUUCGACUUCAACGGGAAGCUGUCUGGUCUGCUCCUCCCUGAUCUACCCAUUCUCUCCCUGGGUAGCCUCUUCCCCAGUCUCGACAACUUGGGUGGUCUGCCCGGCCUGGACGGUCUGCCCGGCCUUGAUGGUCUGGAAGGCCUCGGCCCUCUUCUGUUCAGCCUGCUUCUUCCGGCACUGGGCGAUGGUGCUGGAGGUGACCUUGGCGGUCUCCCCGAUCUUGGAGGCCUUCCCGAUCUUGGAGGCCUUCCCGACCUUGGUAGUCUCCCUGGUCUCGGUAGUCUCACACUCUCGAAUCUUGCAAUUCCUUACCUCGGUGGCUUGUUGAAUGGAUUGGUGCUGCCAAACUUUUCUUACCUCCUUCCCGGACUCGCCACUUUGGGCUCAGGCCUGGGCGAUCUGGGAUCCGGCCUCGAUGGAUUAGGCUCUGGUUUGGGCGAUGGUCUUGGAGGUUUGGGAUCCGGUCUUGGAAAUCUUGGCGGCCUCGGCUUGCCAGAUCUUGUCGAUGCCUUGAACCUCAACAGCUUCUUGACUGGUCUGGCUCUGCCUGCCCUGACCUCAUUGCUUCCUGCCCUCACUGCUCCCGGCCUUCCUGACCUGGGCAGUAUUCUCUACAGCCUACUAGACCCAAGCACUCUGCCGGAUGUCAGCACCCUGUUCGACUCCUUGCUGCCUUCACUCGGUCUUCCCGACUUGACUAGUCUCCUUGGCGGACUGAGCACGCUCCCCGACCUUACCGACUUGCUGAACGGCCUGACUGAUCCUGACGACCAGUUGGGCAACCUUUUGGGUAACCUGACCGACCCAAGUGACGUGCUAAGCGGCCUCUUGGGCAACCUGACCAACCCUAGCACCCCGUUAGAUGACUUGCUUGACCCUAACAGUCUGCUGAACAACCUGCCUGAUCUAAGCGGCCUUCUCGGAGGUCUUCCCGACCUUGGGAAUCUCCCCAACAUUCCAAAUCCCGGAGAUAUCCUGGACCAGCCUCUCCCCGAUCUGAGCCUACCUGCUCUCAGCAUCUUGCUCUCUGUCUCCCUUGGUCUUCCAGAUCUCCCCGACCUGAGUGGUCUACUGUCGACACUUUUGAGCCCCACCCUGAUCCCCAACCUCGGACAGCUUCUCAGCGGCCUCAGCCUUCCUGACCUUGAGCUGCCCGAUCUGAGUGGUAUCUUGAGCGGUCUUGACGGCGGUGCACCAAGCCCCUCCGACAUCCUUGGAUCAUUGGGCGACCUCCUUGAUCUCGGCAAUGCAUUGGAUCCCCUAGGAAACCUGGGCAACGCUCUUGGCAAUCUACCUGAUCUUGGAGACCUCUUGGGCACCACCCUGCCCGACCUGGGCUUACCUGACCUCAGCAUCCUGCUCCCUACCCUGCUCGGCCUUUCAGGUCUUCCUGACUUGACCUCUCUUCUGUCCAGCCUUGACGACCCCAACCUGUUGCCGAACUUGGGCGACCUCCUGAGUGGCCUAUCGCUUCCCAACGUCCAGCUUCCCGAUCUCUCAGGUCUCCUGGGCAGCAUCGCCUCAGGUAUCCCCAACCUUGCUAAUGUCGUUGGCAAUCUGACCCAGCUCGGCAACCUUCUCGGAGGUGGGCUUGGGAACUUGACUGACCCUUAUGGAACCGGACUGCCUUCUGGUCUUCCUGGCUUGGGCGAUGUUCUUUCAGGCCUGCUCAUCCCCAACUUGAGUCUGCCUGGUCUUAAUAGCCUGCUGCCUGACCUGCUCGGACUACCUGGCAUUCCGGAUCUCAGCCAGCUACUGGCUGGUUUGGCCAACCCCAACACGCUCCCCAAUCUGGGAGAGCUUCUCAGUGGCCUUCCAAUCACUGAUCUUCCACUCCCCGAUCUGAGCGGUAUCCUCGGCAACCUGCUUGGAGGUCUUCCUGGUCUCUCGAAGCUGUUGUACGACUUGACCAGUCUUGGAAACGUCCUUAACGGUGGCAUCCCCACUUCACCAACCCUCCCAAGCACUCCCGGAGUUCCUGAUUUGAGCGACUUGCUGGACAGCCUUCUCCCCAGCCUCAGCAUUCCAGACCUUGGCGGCCUGAUCCCUAACACUGGUGAUUUGCUGCCGUACCUCUCACUGUUCUUGGGAAGCCUCCUUUCAGGUAUUCCCGACCUUUCGCAGGUGCUUGGCGGUCUCGGUGGUCUGACCGACGGUCUCGAUGGCCUAACUGACGGUCUAAGCGGACUUCCCGACUUGAGCACCAUACUUAAUAUUCCAGAUCCUCUACCUAAUUUGGCCUUGCCAGACCUUGGGGGCCUUCUUCCAGAUCUCCUCAGCGGUUUGGGUAAUAUUGGAACUGGUCUUCCUGAUCUCCUCGGUGGCCUGGGUAGCCUGCCAAGUAUCCCAGGAAGUGGAAUCCCCACAACACCAGGCACGCCAACCCUUCCAAUAGGCAUUCCGGGCCUGCCUGGCUUUAGCAGUCUCCCUGAUGUCCUGGACCCCAACCUGGUGGACGGCCCUAUCCUCGACGUUGGUCUUAGCCUUAACCUCGAUCUUGCCCGCCUCCUGAGAGUGCUUGGUGUCCCCAACCUCCUCAACACUCUUGGUGUUCCCCAACUCCUCACUGGUGUUGCCGGUCUUCUUGACAACCUCCUCGGAGGAUUGGGUGGCUCAUCGCCUACGUUGCCAGAUUCAGGCACCAUCCCAACCAUACCGACUCUUCCCAACCUUCCCGACAGUCUGCCUCUUGGCAACCUCGGCCUGCCUGAUCUCGGAAGCCUCCUUGGUAACCUUGUCCCCGGAGUUGCGGGCCAGCUCGGUAAUAUCCUUGGAAAUGACCUCAACAAUUUUCCCGAUUUGGGCAACACUUUGGGCAACACUCUUCCAGACCUGACCAACACACUUGACGAUCUUAUCAACACAGUCGGGAAUACCCUGGGCAACGGCCUAGGCAACACUCUCCCUGGUUUGACUGACACUCUGGGCAACAAUGUCGAUGACCUGACGAAUAUCCUUGGUAACACUCUGGGUAACACCCUGGGCAACACUGUUCCUGAUCUUGCCGGCAUUCUAGGCAACACCGUGGGAGGAUCCACUGGUGCGCUUGAUAACACGCUUGACGACCUCGUAAACGUUCUGGGUAACACCGUUGGAGGAGUCACCGGUACGCUUGGCAACACGCUUGAUGACCUCGUCAAUACUCUGGGCAACACCGUUGGAGGACUCACUGGUACGGUUGGCAACACUGUUGACGACCUCGGAAACACUCUCGGUAACACUGUUGGAGGACUCACUGGCACACUUGGUAACACGGCUGACGGCCUCGGGAUCGUUCUGGGAUCUCUUCUCAACAACGCGUUGCCUAACCUACUUCUUCCCGAUCUGAGCACCCUAAUUCCCAGUCUGACCAGCCCCGUUGGAACUCUUGGUUCCGGCCUUGGAGACCUGCUCAGCGGUGCUACGGGCAUUGUACCGGAUCCUUCUACGCUCCUCCCCAGCGUCACCAUUCCUGAUCUGAGUUCAGUUUUCCCUGACCUGAGCAGCGCGUUGAGCGAUUUGUUGCCCGAUCUGGGCAGCACCCUCGGCAACGUCACACCAGAUCUCACCAACACCCUUGGGAGUGUUGUCCCAGACUUGACCAACACAUUGGGUAGUGUCCUUGGCAACGGCGUUCCAGACCUUGCCGACUUCCUGGGCAAUGGCGUUCCUGACCUCACCAACAUCCUAGGUAAUACCUUGGGCAACGUUCCUGAUCUUGGUAACACUUUGGGCAACGCCCUUCCAGACCUGACCGACAUUCUAGGCAAUGGAGUUCCUGAUCUCACCAACACUCUGGGUAACACAUUAGGCAACUUGGUUCCCGAUCUUGGUAAUACAUUAGGCAACUUGGUUCCUGAUCUCGGCAACACUCUGGGCAAUACCGUUCCAGACCUCACAGACCUUCUGGGCAAUGGCGUUCCUGACCUCAGCAGCAUUUUGGGUAACACCUUGGGCAACGUGGUUCCUGAUCUUGGUAACACUUUGGGCAACGUGGUUCCCGAUCUUGGCAACACCUUGGGCAAUACCGUUCCAAACCUUGCCGACCUUCUAGGCAAUGGCGUUCCUGAUCUCGCUAGCACGCUUGGAAGCCUUGUCCCCAGCCUUGGUGAUGCCCUCGGCAACUUGGGCAAUGGUAUCGACACCGUCAUCCCUACCGUUGCAAACACCAUCCCCGAUCUGAGCAACAGCUUGAACAACGCAGUUCCUGGCCUGGGAGAUGCCGUCAACAACCUGGGCAACACCCUAGUCAAUGUCAUCCCUGAUCUGACCAAUGCUCUGCCUAGCUUGGGAAGUGCUCUUCUCGAUCUCGCUAGCAACCCAGCCAACAACCUGGAUCUGACCAGCGCACUUGCCAAUAUCCCCAACCUGAGCCUUCCUGACCUGACCCUCCCCGAUCUGAGCCUCCCUUCAUUGGGUGACAUCAGCAUCGAUCUCCAAACGCCUUCGCUCGCAGACCUUCUCGGAAAUGUCGGUAACCUUGCUAGCAAUCCCAUCCCCACACUACCAAACCUUCCCUUGGUUUCGAUCCCGGACGCUACUUUGCCAAAUCUCCUUCCAAGCCUCGGGCCUACGCUCUCAAACAUCGUUGGCAGCUUGGCUCCGUCAACUCCAAGCGUCCCAGCUAGCCUCAUUGCGGACGUACUUAGCAACAUCAACCAAGCCUCCCAAGCUGCUACCACCAUCGCUCAAGCCGGCGGCCAGAUUGCGACCCCAGUCACUUCGGCAUGCACUGGUAUCCUUGGAUCCCUUGCCUGCACCCUUGAUGGCAAGAGCACACUGAACAAUGUCGUCACACAGACUGGCAAUGCUCUUGGCACCGUCGGCAGCGCAGUUGGGGGUCUCCUCGGAAAUCUUCUAAAGCCCGUGGCUACUACACCCAGGCUCCUCAGAAUCUAA